UUAUCUGAAUCAUACUCCUCCCCAAUUUCCUAUUUAGGUUAACCUGACGAAGAAGAUAAAACAGUCUACAAGAAUUGUUGUGGCCAUGGGUGCCAACACCGAUCCCAACCACGAUGGAUCCGACGAGCAACAGAGACGUUCCGAGAUCUAUACCUAUGAGGCGCCAUGGCAUAUCUACGCCAUGAACUGGAGCGUCCGCCGUGACAAGAAGUAUCGUCUUGCAAUCGCUAGCCUUCUUGAGCAGUACCCUAACCGUGUUGAAAUCGUCCAACUCGAUGACUCCAAUGGCGAGAUUAGAUCUGAUCCCACACUCUCCUUUGAACACCCCUAUCCACCUACCAAGGUCAUCUUCAUCCCUGAUAAGGAGUGCCAGAAGCCAGACCUCCUUGCCACUUCCAGCGACUUCCUCCGCAUUUGGCGUAUCUCCGAGGACGACGAUGGCGGCGAUGACGAAACUUCUCACAACGGCAGUAGCAGUUCCCGUCGGGUCGAAAUGAAGAGCCUCCUCAACAACAAUCGCAACAGCGAAUUUUGCGGUCCGGUCACUUCUUUUGAUUGGAACGAGGCCGAACCGAAGCGCAUAGGCACUUCCAGUAUUGAUACCACCUGUACCAUCUGGGACAUCGAGAGGGAGACCGUAGACACGCAGCUUAUUGCUCACGAUAAGGAGGUCUAUGACAUCGCAUGGGGCGGCGUUGGCGUUUUCGCAUCCGUCUCCGCCGAUGGUUCGGUCCGAGUCUUCGAUCUUCGCGAUAAAGAGCAUUCCACCAUCAUCUAUGAGAGCUCCGAGCCUGACACCCCGCUAGUUCGUUUGGGCUGGAACAAGCAGGACCCUAAAUACAUGGCCACCAUCAUAAUGGACAGUGCCAAGGUCGUCGUGCUCGACAUUCGUCACCCAACACUACCGGUGGUGGAGCUGCAAAGGCACCAGGCCAGUGUCAAUGCCAUAGCCUGGGCUCCACACAGUUCGUGCCACAUCUGUACCGCUGGUGAUGAUUCUCAGGCUCUCAUCUGGGAUCUAUCUUCCAUGGGUCAACCUAUCGAAGGUGGAUUGGAUCCCAUUUUGGCUUACACUGCUGGUGCCGAAAUAGAACAGUUGCAGUGGUCAUCUUCGCAACCUGAUUGGGUUGCCAUUGCUUUUGCAUCCAAACUUCAGAUUCUGAGGGUAUGAUUGUAUGGUUCAUGUAAUUCUGUGUUAUCUUGGUUGCAGUGAUUUUAGGUUGACUUCUCUAUAUAGGUUUGGGAAUACACUGACAGUUGCUUUUUCUCCUAUCCUGAAUGACUCUUUAGUCUUUAGCAUCUGUCCGAUUAUAUGUUUUUGGUUUUGUGGUUUGCAUCAUAUUUGCUUUUCUACUUCA